AUGGGCGAUAGUGAAGCUAUGAUUGCCCAAGCAUCUGUUGUCAUGGAUUAUACACCUGCUGGCUAUUCUUCUACUGAUUAUGGUGGUAUUAGCACAACUGCCGUUCCUGAUGGUGGUGCUUCCACUGUUGGAUCGGAUGGAGAUCUUGCUGCUUCUGCUGCUCCAAAUUCAACUGCAACUGCAACUGCAGACUUGGUUACAAUGGAUGCAGCUGAUGCUGGGGCUUAUGUUUCUGAUGUAGGUGAUGGAAAUGAAUGCCAUAUAGAUCCAAAUUCUUCCGAACAUGAUGCUCCUACUAUGACUACAUAUGAUGCCAACGAGAAUCUUAUGGGGAUUGCAAAUGCAUCUGUGGAUUCAUCUCAAUGCACUGCUUAUUACUCUUCUGUAAAUGGUAAUAAUGUUAACGAAGCAAAAAAUAUAGUGUCAGCGGGUAUAAAUGAGAACGCGAUUAAUUCGAAUAGUGUGCAUGGAUCUGCUUCGAUGUACCAAUUGGUGGAGGGUGCUGCAUUGUCUGCUGAAGAGGAGCGGUUGUGGAGCAUUGUGAGAAUAAAUUCUCUAGAUUUUAAUGCAUGGACUGCCUUAAUAGAAGAGACAGAGAGGACUGCAGAGGACAACAUUUCGAAGAUACGGAAAGUUUAUGAUGCUUUUUUGGCGGAAUUUCCUUUGUGUUAUGGUUAUUGGAAGAAGUAUGCAGAUUAUGAGGCACAUCUGGGGUCCAUUGAGAAUGUUGUAGAGGUCUAUGAGCGAGCGAUUCAAGGGGUGACCUAUUCUGUGGAUAUGUGGCUCCACUACUGUAUAUUUUCCAUUAGCACAUACCAAGAUCCUGACACUAUCAGAAGGGCUCUUGUGAUCUUUAUUGCUUUCCAACCUGAUUUCAGUAUGUGUGCAACCGCUAUUAGCCAAAUGGAUGGUAUAAAAGCAUUUUGGGGAUGCACCUCAGAAAAACAGUUUUAUUGA